GUUCGCCCGCGCCCCCCGCGCGCGCGCGCGGCCCCUAGGCCCUCGGAGCUGGCGGCUCAACUAGACCGGACCGAUGUGGCGCAUGCGUGGUGGCGCCACCCGGCGCGGGAGCUGCGGCGGGGACGGCGGCGGGACCCGCGGAGAGCUGGGCCGCCUGGGCCGGGCCCGUGAGGCCGGCAGCGGCGGCGGCGGCGUGGGUUGGCGGGGCCGCGCGGGCGGUGCCCGGCGACAGCUGGAGGAGCGCUUCGCCGACCUGGCGGCCAGCCACCUCGAGGCCCUGCGCGCGCGCGACGAGCGGGACCGGCAGAACGCGCGGCUGCGCGACGAGAACGCCCGCCUGCGGCUGGAGAACCGGCGGCUGAAGCGCGAGAACCGCAGCCUCUUCCGCCAGGCGCUGCGGCUGCCCGGCGACGGCGGCCAGCGGGAGGCCGCCGACGCGACCCUCGGCCCGGACGAGCCCGCCACCGACCGCCGGGCGAGAGGCGGCGUUGGCGGCGGCGGCGAGGACGAGCCGGGCAGCCCCAGGGCGCUGCGGGCCCGGCUCGAGAAGUUGGAGGUCAUGUACCGCCGGGCCCUGCUGCAGCUGCACCUGGAGCAGCAGGGCGGCGCGCGCCCGCCGGAAGACAGGGACGGGCGCUCGCUCCGAGAAACUGCCACCGGCCUCUGCGCCCAGGACCCGGAUGUCCCCGGGCCCUGGCUGUAGCCGGAGGGCGCGGCGGGAGGGGUGGGGCCCGCGCGCGCCCCGCCCCCUCGGCGCUCAGCGCCCCGCCCCUCCCAGCACGCGGAAGCUCAGGA